AUGCUAAGAAGAACUCUAUUAAAUCCUACAAACAAAUCUAUAUUAAUUCGAUUUAGCAGCACAUCCAGUAAUGAAGCAUACAAUGGAGUUCUUACUACUUUAAAGAAGGAUUUAAAAGCUGCUCUUGUGAAUAAAGAUGAGAUUAAAAAGAAUACUAUAAGAAAUAUGAUGGCAGCCUUGAAAAAUAAGAUUAUUGAUAGCAAGACUCAUACUAUCGAUACUUUUGAGAUAUAUACAACAUAUGAAAAGAUGAUCAAUCAAAGAAAGGAGUCAAUUGUGGAAUAUACAUCAAAUAAAAGAGAUGAUUUAGUUAAAAAGGAGCAAAAAGAGUUAGAAAUUAUCAAGGAGUAUCAAAAGUUACUUCCUGUAAUAUCUAAAGAUGAGUUACACUCGAAAGUUAAGAAUUUGUUAGAAUCUUUGAAAAAAGAAGAUUCUAACAUUCAAUUGAAAGAUAUCUUUAACAGAAUUGAUUGGAAAGUGUUACCAUUAGAGUGGAAUGCAUCUCCAAAUAUGGUAAAGAGUAACAUUGUGGAACAAUUCAAAGAAAUGUCUAAUAAGACCAAAUGA